GUUUUUACUGCUCUGCUUGAAGAACAACUUGAAUAUCAUCGUGUGGCGAUGCGUACGCUUGAGAUGGUUUUGCCUGAGAUUCGUCGUGAUAUUGAUAACGCUCGUCCCCGCCCAAUGUUUGGUGUUGAUUUGAGUGAGCAUCUUCGCCAUACCCAGGGUCGUGUUGCGGUUGUUUUGGAAAAAUGUUGUACGAUGCUAAGAGCAAAUGGAUUCAACGAGAAAGGAUUAUUUCGAGUCAACGGAAACAAUACGAAAAUACGACGGAUGAAAUCUGCAUUCGACGCAGGCCAAAUAGAUAGCGACGAGCGUGCGUACUUUCUCGAUCCACAUGCAGUCUGUAGCGUGCUUAAAAGUUAUCUAAGAGAGUUGCCUGAUCCCCUUCUCACUCAUAAGCUCCAUAGCGACUGGGUCAACGCUUUAAGGUUAAAGGAUGAAGCGAAACUGUUGGCGUUUGAACGAUGUAUAGGCGAACUUCCAGCAUGUCAUAGACACAAUCUCACCUAUCUUAUCAAUUUCCUCUCGGAAAUGUUGCAGUAUCAGGAGCAAACAGCCAUGAAUUGUGGCAAUCUUGCGAUAGUGUUCGGUCCUAAUUUGCUUGGUGGAGAUAUUGAAGAAAGUAAUGCUGUAGGUACCAAGGUAAUCUCCAAUACGUAUGGUUUCGAUUUAGAUUUAACUGCAUCGCUAUUGUCGUAA